CAUUUUUCCACCAAGCAAACAUCACUGGGGCGCGGCUUGCGCGCGACUCAAGCUGUGGGCGGCUUGGCCAAACGGCGGGCUGCACAGCGCGACAAUGGGCCACGAGUGCCUUCGCGCCGCCCUGGUGGCAGCUUGGGUGGGACAUGUUUGGUGCGCACCGCGCACAGCUGAGAACAGUGCUUGGAACAUCAACUUUGAGACCAGAUACGAGCCGGAGAAGUACUACGGCCGCUGGGAGAAUCACAACUACUUCCCUUCGCCCACGGACUGGCGGUCCUUCUCGAUCUACCAGUUGAUCACCGAUCGCUUUGCAGAUGGCGACCCCAGGAACAACGAGCUCUUCGCGGGCGGCUUCGACGUGCGAGAUAUGACCUAUCGACAUGGAGGGGACUUCGCCGGACUCACGAGCAAGCUCCACUACAUCAAAGGUCUCGGCUGCGACGGAAUUUGGAUCUCCCCGAUUUUCCAGAACGGCUUCAACAUGUAUCACCAGUACGCGCAGCUGGACUUCACGACCAUCGACCAGCGUUUGGGAACGCUGGAGGAGCUGAGGGCGUUGACCGAGGCGGCGCAUGAGCUGGGGAUGUACGUCAUAGUGGAUGUGGUCAUGAAUCACAUGGCCAACGAGUUCUACUUCGAAGGACACGAAGAGAGCUCCGCGCCCUGGCGCUUCCACGAAGGCGCCGACGGACGCGAGUACCUGUUGAAGCCGCGGAGCGCGGAGGAGUUGCUGUACGACACGCCGCAAGGGAAGCAGCCUUACAGAGAUUUUUGGUACGACAACACCUGGGAUGCGUCGGCCACCUACAAUGGCACGCUCUACGGGCAAUAUGGAGAGUGGGUGACGGACAGCGGAGCUGGCACCUACAUCAACUCGGAUUUCCACCACAACGGCGACUUGAAUGAUUACUUCGAUCCCUGGCAGAUCAACUACGGGAAGAUCUAUGGCGUCAUGGAUGAUCUCCGACUGGAGCACGAACGCGUGCAGCAGAAGUACAUUGCCAUGACCAAAGCGCUCAUCGAAAGCAUCGACGUGGAUGGCUUCCGUGUUGAUACACCGAUGCAGGUGCCGUUGAACUUCUACAAGGUCUGGGCUCCUGCCAUGCGUGCCCAUGCCAAAAGCCUGGGCAAGGAGUCCUUUGGUAUCUUCGGGGAGUUCUACGUGACACCGGCGCGCUAUGCCACGAUGACGGGCCGUGGCCGGGACAACCGGAUGUAUGGCCAGGACCGCUACAUUGAUGGCAUUGCCACGCUGAAGGGCGGCAUCGUGUAUCCGUAUUACUGGUACAUCUUUACUUCGAUGGUCUACAACGAUGCCCAAUACGCGGAUGGCUUGGCGCUCGCGUAUCGAGAAGAGAACAAGAUGAUCGACACCUUCGAUCCAAUGACUCAACGAAAAGAGUAUGCCAUGUGGAACUUCUGCAAUAACCAUGACAACUGGCGCUUGCAGAGCAUGACUGGAAGGGAUCACAUGCGGAUGUGUCUGGCAGUGGUGACGUUCUGGCCGGGCGUGCCCUUGCACUACGCAGGUGAUGAGCAGGACUUCGACACGCCGGGGAGUGCCUUGGACGGCUGGGCGCGAGAGGAGCUCAGUGCCUCGAUGGCGUGGAGAGCGGUGCCCACGCAAGCAGGUGGCAACCCGGCGGACCGAGAUAACUUUGACAUGACCUCUGAGUCCUAUCGCUACAUUGCCCGCCUGAACGGCUUGCGUGAGGCUUACUUUGGAUCUUUUGGGCUUGAGGCCUGCGACGAGGUCAAGACACCGGAGCCGCAGAUUGCAGACGUCUUGGUCUUUGAACGUGGCUGCACACCUGAAACACGGGUGCUGGUGAUGGCCAACUUCCAUCAGAGCAGCAUGAAGAACUUGACGGUCUCCUCUCCUUGGUCCUCGGGUACGACGCUGAAAGACGCACUGCUCGAGGAGGGCCAAACGGUCUUGGUCGACUCCCUGGGUGAAGUGACGGUGAGCUUGAGACCAUUGGAAGCUGUGGUGUUGGUGCCAGCGCCUGUGAUCACGUUGGCUCCCGUCAUCUUGUCGGUGUCGCCCCAGCACGGGAGCGUGGUGGAGUGGCCGACGGGACAUUCCUUCAAAGUGGCUCUCCGAGUGAAGUUCGAUCGCCCGAUGAAGCCGUCCAUCUUGGACUUUCUCCGGCUCAACGGCCAGGUGACCGCUGGACGUCGUGAAGGCUUCCGGUGUUUAAACCCAGUGGCCUGUGAUGAAGUGAUCCUCGAGAUGGAGGCCAGCACGGCUCAGGAGGGUUUCUACACCAUUGAGGUGGACCGUGGUGCCGUGGCCUUGGACGGUCAGACCUUGCGAGCGGCCUUUCGCUCGCACUUCUUGUUGGACCGUUCCAGAGGAGCCAUUGCUCAAGCGUACCCUGCAAUGGCUGGGCUGAUCUGCCAGAACCGUACGCGGCUUUGUCACAGGGCGACCGGUGCUCAAUGGCUGCGAAUCCAAAACGUGGGCGGUACCUGGACAUCGUGGCGAGCCUUUGAGAAUGAAUCCACCUGGGCGGCGCAGCCCAACGUCCCCGUCUUGGUGCAGUACCAUGCAGCCUUCAGCGCCAGCUUCGUCGUGGGCGACUGCGCCUCCGAGCAAGGUGAGAAGCCUUGCUGGGCAAGCUGGCAUCGAACAAUGUUUUUGCGUGGCGAAUGGAAUGGCUGGGGUAAUGAUGACGAUGGUGCGAUGGAGAAGAUCGGCCACUUCACCUGGGCGACGAAAGUGGCCUUGACGAAGUUCACCAAAUCCAAGUUUGCACCCGUCUUAGGCAGUUGGGAGACCUCCUACGGUCUUCAUCCCGAACGUGAGUUGCUCUACAACCUCCCCAGCUUCGACCCCCGCAGCAGCUCCUUCGCGGUGGACCCCUAUCUGUCGGGCUCCGAGGCCUCGCGCGCGUGGAUGCUGCAGCGCAGUCGCUGGACGCAGCACCAGGGCAUCGCCUCGGGCGCCACUUUUGCCAAGGAGGUCUGGCUGAGCCACCUCUGUACGGCGGCCACUCCCACCUGUGUUCCUGAUGACAAUCCGAAGUGGCGCUGCCACAGUUUUGCGGCCGGCCAGGAUCAGCAGUGGUGUCGAAGCAACCCGGUGGAAGGCUGCGCCGAGUACAAGGAGAACGACCAAUCGACGGAGAUGUCUGACUGCGGUGGCUGUUCCUGCUGCUCUCGAAAGGUGUCCUGGGUCGACAGUGGGCCGAAUCGCACCUGCUGCAUCAUCUUCAACGACCUCUUUUUGAACUACACCGUCACUCCAGACCUCUGGCUCUGCAAUCAACACAGCAACUUGCCAGACACCACGACGACCACCACGAUGGGGCUCCGGACCUGCAAUCCACGACCCACGACCCUAGAGGAGGCUCACAUGGCCGGGAGCACGAUGGCGUCGCCCUUCUACCUGCACGGUCAGGAGGAUGCUAAGACCUUGCAGGACUCCUUGGAUUGGAGUCGAGAACGCCUCAGUGCCGGAGAGGAGAAUUUCAAGGCUUCGGGCUUCGAGCGACAGAAGUCGCCCAGCAGCUGGGAAGAGGAGGUCUUCUACAGCAUUCUUGUGGACCGCUUUGCAAAUGGAGACAUCACGAACGACAAUAGCAACAUUCCGGACUUCCAACGCGACCAGCUCAAGAACAAGGAGCCCUGGUCCGUGGCGCGGUGGCGCCAUGGCGGAGACCUGCACGGAGUCAAAGCACGCCUCAGAUACUUGAGAGACUUGGGGAUCACCACGCUGGCUUUGUCUUCCAUCUUCUUGGACAGUGCGGGCGAGUACCAGGGCUCCUGUACGACGGAUCUCACGUCUAUUGACCCCAACUUUGGCAAUAAGGAGCUGCUGCGCGAGCUGGUGCAUGACGCUCACAGCUUGGGGCUGAAGGUGGUCCUGGACGUGCAAGUGAACCACGCCUGUGGGAAGGGCUUGAAGUACUUGGGCUCCAACAACAACGUGGACGGCGUGAACCUCUGUGUCCAAUCGUCUGUGCAGACCUAUUGGACCAAAGAGCGUGGCGGCAAUUUGAACGAAUACGUCCGUGGCCGACUGGGCUUUGGCGAUGCGCUCCCCGCUUUCCUCCGGCACCAGUCCUUCUUCCUCCGGUGCGGCUCCGCGAAGCUCUAUAGGCCGGAUGGCAAGGACUUCACCAAGCUGCCGCCGGAGAAUGCCACCGCCAUCGAAGGAGGGCUGCUCUUCCCCGAGAUCUUUCAGGAUGAUUACUUCGAGCUGAACACCAUGGAUCCAGUGCUUCAGGAACUCUACACUAACAUGCUCAAGUACUGGAUCGCGGAGGCGGACGUGGACGGCUACCGCAUCACCGCCGCCAGCCACGUCACGGCGGACUUCACGGCAUACCUCUCCACGCACUUGCGCUUCUAUGCCACUGCCCUGGGAAAGGAGAACUUCUUCAUCGUGGGUGAAGUGAACCAGGCGAACACUCCCUUUGGCGGGAGCUAUCUGGGCCGUGUGCAGGGCAACAUGGGGCCGAAGUACUUACCCAAGAAAGUGCAGGGCGUCUUGGAGGAGCUUUGCCCGUACUACAGCGCGUUGUCGGAUCAACAGCCUGGCUUCCUCUCCAGUUAUCCCUUGCAAGAGGUCUACCACGUGCGCGAGAGCGUCUUGGGCUAUGUGGACGCGAUGGGCCUCUACAAGAGCUACGCGCAGAAGGCGGUGAACCGCUCGCGGGAGGCGUUGGAGUCACAGGGACAGAUCCGCCUGGCCUUGAACGCCGUGGAGUCCAAGAAUUUCCGGAAGCUUCUGAGCAACCCCAGCCAGGGCCACGAGCUCUGGCGCUUGAUGGUGGCCAUGGCUUGGAGCUUCACUUGGUAUGGCAUCCCGGAUCUGGCCCAGGGCACGGAACAAGGCCUCAAUGGGCUAUGCUACCGGAACGACCAGGAGCGGGAAGAUCUGCAGAAGAAGAUGGAAGAUCAGGGCAUCGAAGGCAAAGUGGUCACCAUGAUUAUGGAAGAGUGCAAUUACCAGGUCCUGGGAGCCCAAACGGAUAGCGGCUUUUGGCACCAGGAUAGCUUCCAGGGUGGGCCGCUUCGCCUGGGCUCUGCCGUGGCUGGCGUCAACGACCAGAUGGGCAUUUUGGAUCAUCUGAUGGGCGCCGCAGGGCCCCACUGGUGUGAAGACCCGGUGCUCGACCGCGACAACGAGGCCUAUCGCAUGGCACAAGCCCUGAUCCGCAUCCGACGCUCCUGCUACGCGCUCCGCACGCAGCUGGAUUCCCCGGCCCCGACGGGCGAGGGACGCGCCACGCAGUUGGCUUACUGGAAGUUGCAUGACGGCCGCGAGGACAUGGCAAUAGAAGAGCAGCCUUUGGGCAUGUUGGUGGUGCUCAGCAUGAUUCCAUCGCUGGAGGAUCAGCCAGAUCAGCCGGAGCGCAAGUACCUUUUACCGGAGGGCCUCGAGUACAACGAGGGUCAAGAGUUUGUCGACUUGCUCCACCCCACCAGGACAGGCACCAUUGUCGCCGAAGCGAAUGGCAGCUUUCUGCUGCUGCCCGCGGAGCUCGAAGACGUGCACGUGGCCAUCUUCGCUCCGGUGGAGACGGCCGCGCAGGAUGUUGGUGGCUGGAUGGUGUGCCGUGGUGUGGAGCUGGCACCCAUGCGUGACACCUGUAGUGAGACGGCCCGCUCCGAAAUGUGGAUCACCGCCGGCUUGGUGAUGGCAUGGAUCGCUUUGGCAGUGCUGAUCUUGGCAUGGAACUACCGGACGAAGAUCUACUUAUCCAUCGUGAAGGAGCCCACGUUGCCCAACAUCAUGCGGAUCUCAGGUCCUCGCGUGGAGCCCAAGCACGUCAUCGUGGCGGCCAUCGAGCACACCAUCCCAGAGCGAGGCGUCAAGGUGAGUGCCGGUGGCUUGGGGAAGGUGCUGGACCAGAUGUUGCGCGAACAUCCACAGUGCACCAUGAGCUUGGUGCAUCCGAUGUUUGGGGAUGUGAACUACGGCGAGCUGGAGGAGUUUGACAAGCUGGCGUGCUUGGUGGAUGGGAAGGAACAGACGAUCACGGUCUGGACGAUGCAGAGCGAGCUGAAUGGCCUCAAGCGAGUUUGGUACAUCCUGGAACACGAGUACUUCACCGAGAAGGUCAAGAGCUCGCCCUAUCCGCCGUCGAUGACCAAAGUGAGGACCUUGCGCUACUUCUCCUUGUGGAACCAGGCCACUGCCAUGCUCAUCCGGAGGCUGAAGCCGGAUAUCUACCACUGCAUGGACUACCAUGCCGCCUUGGCGCCCCUCUACUUGGAGGCGAGCGAGCAGAUUCCCAUCAUCUUGGUCUUGCACAAUGCCGACUACAUGGGAGUCAUCGAGACGGAGUUCAUCAGCGAUCGCUUCUGGAAGACGGUGACACAGCUGCGGCGGCUGAGCCUGAUCUUCAACCUCAAGGUGUCGGUGGUGCGGCGCUACUGCAUGUUCGAAGGGCGCUUCAACAUGCUGAAAGCAGGAGUGACCUACAUCAAGCAGACCCAGGCCGGCUAUGGCAUUUGCGCCGUGUCCGAGAACUACGCGGUGGAGCUGAAGCGCGAACGGACUCUCUUUGCCGGAUUGCCCUACUUGAUCAGCCUGGACAAUGCGACGGACCCCGCGGAGGUCGAGGAUUCCAUCGACCGCUUGAAGACCUUGCGCUCCGAGGCCAAGGCUCAGCUGCAGAAGCACUGCGGUUUGGAGCAAGAACCGGGCGCCAAGAUCUUGAUCUUCAUUGGACGAUGGGUCAAACAGAAGGGUGUGGAUCACAUCGCCAUGCUCACGCCAGCCUUUCUGCGAAGCCAUCCAGAGGUGCAGAUCAUCUUGGCGGGGCCUCCGGACGACGCCUGCGGCUUGUACGCGGGAACCCUACUGGAGCAGUUAGGCGAUGACUUCAAGGGUCGCCUCUUCGUGUGCACGCAGUUCUUCAGGCUUCCCGAAGAACUCCGCCGGGGCGCGCAUUUGUGCUUCACACCCAGCUGCUCGGAGCCCUUCGGCUACGUCGACGUGGAGUUCGGCCUCCUGGGCGUUCCCUCGGUGGGCGCCGCCAUCGGCGGCCUCGGCAAGAUGCCAGGUGUGUACUUUCGACAGCAAAACAGCGACGACUCCAAGACGUUGAUCGACUCCUUCUUUUGCUCGGUGGAUUAUGCCCUGAAUCUGCCAGACCCCGUGUACUGGGAGAUGGCCUUGAAUGCCACCAAGGCGGAGUUCCCCUUUGAGACCUGGCGCGCCAACCUCCUGGGCUCCUACUCCAAAGCCAUCACCAACUUCUCGUCCUACUCCAAUUCCGAGUCCAAUCUGCUCUUCGACGUGGAGCAAAAGUUCGACGUGGUGCGCGACACGAUGGCACCGCGCAGGCCCACGGCACUGCGGCGGAUGAGCUCCACCGCCCAGGUGGCACACAAGAUGCGGGUGCUAGACAUCGAUGGAGAUGCGGAGUUCCUCACCCAGCCGGUGAGCGACGAUCGCACGCACGAGCUCAUGAAGUGGGAGUUCCUCCAGUCCGCAAAGGCUGGGCAUUGCAAGGUGAAGGACUCCGAGCAGCUGCAGAGCCAGAUUUGCCAAGCCGAUGAGCGCCUGACUGAGAGGAGCCACGUGACGCAGUGGUUGAUGAAGCCCUUCGCCCGGGGCCUUUGCCUCCGAAUCCACUUGGUCAUUGCUUUGGGCUACAUCUUUUCCCCCGUGGGCGAGACCUUGUUGAAGAGCAUGGACGUCCGUGCUCGCUCCAAUACCUUCGCCAGUGAGCAUGCACUCUGGAUCACCUUCUACUUGGGCGCAGGGUGUGGAUGUCUCUUUUGGCUCUUCCUCUCACGUGGCGUCCCACCGAACCUGCUCAUGGCCAGCUCACAGUUGCUGAACAUCGUCUUCUUCGUUGUGGUACCUUCCUUGCCAGGAGAGUUCUUCGAAUCAGACUUCAGCACUUUGACCUAUUUGGGGCUUUGUGGCUUGCAGAGCACUUCACGCUUGCUCUUCAUCGUCUGGAACUUCAACGAGGACUUCCACGGGGGCUUCCAAGUGGCGGCCAAGCGCAUCGGAGCCUUGGAGAGUUUGCGCUGCGGUGUUGGCUGGGUUGCCGUGAACUUGAGCUACGCAGGUUUGGAAUUCAUCAACCGCAACGUGGUCUUAGUGGUCUCCUUGGGCACCACCGUGCUCCUCUUCAAGGCUCCUCAAUGCUACGCGUCCUAUGUGCUCCCUUCGACCGGACUGCUGGAAGGCAUGACGCACAAGUCCUUCAUCUUGCUGGUGAUCGCAGAGAUAUUGAACAUGUUGGUGGCCUAUCCGAGUCAGACCUACACCUUGUGGUGGACGCUGAAUGGCUGGGAACCGGGGGAGAUUGCGAACUUUGCCCUCUUGACCGGUCUCAUGGCGCCCAUCUUACUGAUCUUUUGCUUCAGCCUCCUGGCACGCAUGAAUCGCUGGGGUCCCUGGGCGAUGCGAGACUUCACCUGCUUGCUGCCGCCGGGCUCCUUGCUGCGCACGUUGGCCUUGUGGGACCUGGGGAACCUCCACUUCCGUUCUCAGACCUUUGUGACGGCGGUGCUGCUGUCGGUCUGUGUGGACGUGGCGCAUGGCGCAGCGGUGUGGUCCUCCAUUAUGACCAUCCUAGGCAACAAGUGGUACGCCCUGAAAGGCUGCUAUAUUUGUCUCACCUUAGCCUCUUUCGCCUCGGCCGUGAGUCCCUGGCUGGGUCACUGGAUUGGCCUUUUGUUCUCGGGCGCAUCGAACCUCUACGACAAUGCCAACUUGGAGAUCCCAGUGAGUGGCAAAGGCUCCUUCAACGAGGCCACCUUCUGGGCUGUGGUGCCGAUGGCAGCGAUGAGCUAUGCAUGCCAGAUCAUGGCCAUGAGAUAUUUCAACGAUGAUAUCUUGACCUUCAAGGGCCAUGGGAAUUUAUUGCCCGACGGCAGCCGGACCGGUACCGAUUCUCAUAUGGUCUCAGUGGCCACCUGGAAAGUGAAGCAACAACGUUCCGAAGCCUUGGACAAAAAGAAGAUGAAGAAGAAAGCUCCGGAGAAGCAGCGCAAGAAGCGUUCCUUCAGCACUUUGUUCGGCCAGUUGCCCAUCCUGGAGCCCAUCAAAGCAGAGGCGGCAGAGGAGCCGGGUGAGCAUGAAAUCGUACACGUGGCCGAGAAUGAAUUCGUCGACGUUGUGGACCAGCGCUUGCAGGAGGCCGCCAACGCCGCGAGCGCCAACGCCGCCUCGAGCAGUUCCCAUGCGCCGGAGCUGCGCCGGGCAGGCACCGGAGUGAGCCGGAAGAGUCGUUUCAGCGGCACGUCCUAUACCAGCUAUACGAGCCAACAGAGUGGCUGCACCGAUCGCAGCGCGCCAGUCGCACAAGAGGAGGAUCCGGCGGGUGCUGCAGCAUCCUCAAGGGUGUGAGGAUCGGCUGCGGAGCCCUGCGCGGCGUGACAACGACAGAAAAGCGCAUGGAGAGUGUCUCUCUCCUGUAUAUCUCAAGCUGAGUUCGGCUCGGAGAAAAGAUAGAAAUAGGAUGAUAAGAGGCUUUCCAGAUGCGAUGAAGAGGUCCAAGACAG